AAUUGCUUCACUUGCAACACAGUGCUCCUCUUACUUACUGGUUGAUGAGACCUGUCCCCUCAGAAAAAGAGUUGAAGACCUCACUGUUGCUGAGUAGCUACGCACUCAGACUCACACCCCUCUCAAGUCGCUGGAACACCUCUAUCCCUACCAGUGCACAGCGGUGAUCGUGUCCCUUCUUGAACUUCCUGCCACAGUAGUGAAGAUGCGUGUUUUGCUCCUGGCGGCUCUGAUGGCGGUGGUGGUGGUAGCUGAUGUAGCAGGGAACUAUCUCCAGGAUAACAGUAAUACGCAAGAAUUCUUCACACCUAUUAAAGAAAAUUGCACACAAAGUUUGGUGGAGCUGCUGCUACUGCGACAGGAAGUUCGUCUGAACCAUCUGGUGGACAUCGAGAAACAGUCUGGUGCCACGCUGCUCAGUUUAGCUCAAACACUGGUUGAGGUGCGGGACGCUCUCCUCAGUAAGCAAGACGCAGAAGCUACACAGAAUCCCCAGUGUACAUCACCAUUCACAUUGGUGGGCAAGAAAUGUCUCCUGCUACCAAUUGCAGAGCGACUCAACUGGGCAGCUGGCCGUCAGUACUGUGUUGCCAGGGGAGCCGACUUGGCCACCUUCAGUGAUGCAAACACUUUUGCUGAAUAUCUGGGCUUUAUCAACCAAGUCAAUAUAGCAAAUGCUGCAGUUGGAGUGUGGCUUGGUGGUACGGACGUGGAAAUAGAGGAGGUGUGGACCUGGAUCACUGGAGAACCAAUGCCUAGAGGACCACCUUUCUGGGGAUCAACAAAUAGUUAUAAGGCUGAACCAAGUGGUGGACGUGGAGAAAACUGUGCAGUUCUCCAUCACCCUGACAAGUACUACAUGCAUGAUAUCACAUGUGCUUUCUCGACUGCAACUCCACUUUACACCUGCAAAACCUUUAAUUUAUUUAUAGCAUCCAGUUGCAUCAAGUACACCGACACAGUGGCCCACUUAUUCCUGCUGAGACCUCAGACAAGAGAAUACUGUACCUCACUCUUGCUACGCUCUCACACCCCUCUCAAGCAGCUCUAUCACUUCUAUCCCUACCAGUGCACAGCGGUGAUCGUGUCCCUUCUUGAACUUCCUGCCGCAGUAGUGAAGAUGCGUGUUUUGCUCCUGGCGGCUCUGAUGGCGGUGGUGGUGGUAGCUGAUGUAGCAGGGAACUAUCUCCAGGAUAACAGUAAUACGCAAGAAUUCUUCACACCUAUUAAAGAAAAUUGCACACAAAGUUUGACGGAGCUGCUGCUACUGCGACAGGAAGUUCGUCUGAACCAUCUGGUGGACAUCGAGAAACAGUCUGGUGCCACGCUGCUCAGUUUAGCUCAAACACUGGUUGAGGUGCGGGACGCUCUCCUCAGUAAGCAAGACGCAGAAGCUGCACAGAAGACCCAGUGUACAUCACCAUUCACAUUGGUGGGCAAGAACUGUCUCCUGCUACCAAUUGCAGAGCGACUCAACUGGGCAGCUGGCCGUCAGUACUGUGCUGCCAGGGGAGCCGACUUGGCCACCUUCAGUGAUGCAAACACUUUUGCUGAAUACCUGGGCUUUAUCAACCAAGUCAAUGUGGCAAAUGCUGCAGUUGGAGUGUGGCUUGGUGGUACGGACGAGGAAGUAGAGGAGGUGUGGACCUGGAUCACUGGAGAACCAAUGCCUAGAGGACCACCUUUCUGGGGAACAACAGAUAGUUACAAGCCAGAACCAGGAAAUGGACGUGCAGGAAACUGUGUAAUUCUCUGGCACCCUGACAAGUACUACAUGCAUGAUGUCGGAUGUACUUACUCGACUGCAACUCCACUUUGUCAAAAGAUUUUACAGUAACAAGAGUUUUUUUAGGAUUUUGUAGUUAAAAGUUUGUCCUUAGGGCUUAGUUGAUGAAACAAGACCCACAGUAUAUUCUUUUGUACUUUUAGCUGAACCCUUCAAAUGAUGUAUACAGUACAGUAUACUUUAUAGACAUUAUACAAAUCAUAAACAUUUCAAGUAAUAAGAUACUUUAUUGACUGUGACUUGAAUGAAAAAUAUUUUUAAACAA